GCUGCCGGAGUCACGUGGCGCUUCCUCAGCCGCUGCCGUAGCUGCGUAUUGGCAGCUCCACCGCUCCAAUCUUGACUCUCCCCGACGACGUCCCGCUCCCACCGCGGCGCCGGGCGGAUGAGACCCACAGGAAUGAAACCGGACUCCCACUGAGGCGGCCACCUCUCGGCAAUGUGCACUCCUUGCCCCAGGUGCUGCAGCCAUGGAAAAUCCUGAAGGGGUUGUAAGCGGCUGCAGUCCUCAUGAUGAUGAAAAUGUUUACAGCUACAAGCGGCGUCCUUCAGUGUGUCAGGAAUUGCUUCUAGAAGAUCAGCUGAGAAGGAAACUUAAAUUUUUCUUCAUGAACCCCUGUGAAAAAUUCUGGGCCAGGGGGAGGAAGCCUUGGAAGCUCGGGAUACAACUUCUGAAAAUAGCAAUGGUUACCAUCCAGCUGGUAGUUUUUGGUUUAAGCAAUCAAAUGGUGGUGGCAUUUAAAGAGGAAAACACAGUGGCUUUUAAACAUCUCUUCCUGAAAGGCUAUACAGACAGAAUGGAUGAUACCUAUGCAGUAUAUACGCAAAUGGAUGUCUAUGAUCAGAUUUCUUUUGCAAUAAACCAGUAUUUACAGCUACGCACCAUAUCUGUUGGAAAUCAUGCAUAUGAAAAGAGAGGAGCGGAAGAGACACCUAUGGCAAUAUGCCAGUACUUCUACAAGCGAGGAACUAUCUGCCCUGGAAAUGAUACUUUUGAUAUUGACCCAGAAAUUGAAACUGAAUGUUUUUAUGUGGAGCCAAUGCUGCCCUUCGAAAACAGGACAUUAAGGAAGAACGUUUUCAAUUUCACUCUAGACUUCCAUAGACUUGUGACUGUGCAGCUCACAUUCAAAUUGAAGGCUAUCAAUCUCCAGACGGUUCGUCAUCAUGAACUCCCAGAUUGCUAUGAUUUCACUCUGACAAUAGUCUUUGAUAACAAAGCACAUAGUGGAAGAAUUAAAAUAAGCCUGGAUAAUGAUAUUGCCAUCAAGGAAUGUAAAGACUGGCAUGUUUCUGGUUCAAUACAGAAGAAUACCCACUACAUGAUGAUCUUUGAUGCCUUUGUCAUAUUGACAUGCCUAGCAUCACUGGUUCUCUGCACACGAUCAGUGAUCAAAGGGAUCCGUCUACAAAGGGAAUUUGUAUCCUUUUUCCAACAUCAUUAUAAGAAAGAAGUAUCUUUCACAGACCAGAUGGAAUUUGUCAAUGGAUGGUAUAUCAUGAUCAUAGUUAGUGAUGUUCUAACCAUAAUUGGAUCUACGCUAAAGAUGGAAAUACAGGCUAAGAGUCUAACAAGCUACGAUGUCUGUAGUAUCCUCUUGGGAACAUCCACCAUGCUUGUGUGGCUUGGAGUGAUUCGCUACCUAGGCUUCUUUCAGAAGUACAAUCUUCUUAUUUUGACAUUACGUGCGGCAUUGCCCAAUGUGAUUCGAUUUUGUUGUUGUGCUGCUAUGAUUUAUCUGGGAUAUUGUUUCUGUGGCUGGAUUGUGCUGGGUCCAUAUCAUGUAAAGUUCCGUUCCUUGAACAUGGUUUCUGAGUGUCUCUUCUCUUUGAUAAAUGGAGAUGACAUGUUUGCUACUUUUGCAAAAAUGCAGCAGAAGAGCUAUUUGGUUUGGUUAUUCAGUCGGAUCUACCUCUACUCUUUUAUUAGCCUAUUUAUCUACAUGGUUCUGAGUCUUUUCAUUGCCCUUAUUACAGAUACCUAUGAAACAGUUAAGCAUUACCAGCUAGAAGGCUUUCCAGAGACAGAACUUCGUGCAUUCAUAGCACAGUGCAAAGAUCUACCAAACUCCGGAAGAUACAGAUUAGAAGAUGAAGGUCCCACAACAAUCUUCUGCUGUUGUAAAAGGUCUUAAUGAAAAUAUUGGCAAGAACUUUUGAAUUCAUGUGGAAACUGCACUCUCAUCACAGAUCCUUAACUGAGUGGUCAAAGAGAAAAUUCCAAUAUACAAGGCACAAAACAUCCAAAUUCUUGCAAGACAAGCCAACUUUAAUUACCUCCUAGUGUAUUUAGAACUGCAGCAAAAGUCAAAGCAAAAUUGUCUGGAUUAGAAGCAUUACUGAAUAUUGGUUUAUAAAAGUGGAUAACUGUCCACUUCAUGAUUAAGCACUCUUUUUCCAAAAGUGCUUUGCUUUUUCUAGUUCUCUGUAUACAUCUACAUAACUUGUAGAAACAGUGGCACAGAUAAUACUGUGAUGGGUCAGGGCGAAAGUGAGGGUACAGAGACCCUCAAAUUUGUGAAAACCUAAUUGGCUGCCACCUGUCUGGUAUUUAAAUAGGUACCUAGAAUUACCAAAUAAAAACUUCUUAGAAAAGUACCCAAUAUAUAUGUACAAUAUAAAUUCAACAUCUUAGUGCAUUAUCUAAGCAGUAGCCUGGUGGGUUGAAUGUAAAGACCCUAGGCCAAGGAGAGCCAAUCUGAACUGCAGCUUUCAUAAUCCUUGAUAAUUGGCUAUAUUAGCUGGGACUGAAGGGAGGGCACCAUAUUGGCUUUCCCUGCCAUGACUGACCCAGGGGUUCCUCAUGUAGUUGUUUUGCAAAAAGUAGUACUUUGUUUAACACAUAUGUAAAUAUGGUAUCUCAAGUGUAUUGUUUCAGACAGCAGAGCAGAACAAUCACACCAUGAUGAACCACCUGGGUACUCUCCAGUCCAGAGAGAGUUAUCUCUUGCAUAGAAAAAACUCUCCCAUUUCAGAAACUUCAAUAACUUUUAAUGCAACUGAAAACUACUUUAGUAAUUGGCUGGGCAGAAAGUACUAAAUGAAUGGCAGUGAGGAAUGGCAAAUUGGCCGAGUAAGGUAGAAGAUUAAACACUCAAUAAGAGAGCAUGCAAAUAUAGAAAUCAUCCUUUUGUGCUAGGGCUGGUGAACCUAUGGCCCUUCAGUUGUAGUCCAACAUUUGGAGGGCCAAAGGUUUCAUAUCCCUUCUUUAAGCUAAUACAUGCCCCACCUGUCAAUGUGACUUGGGGAUCCACUCACAGGAAGGAAGCAGUUCCUCUCAAACAUUCAGAUGAAUUAAUAUCACUUAGCAGGAACAGUAGCUUGAAAAUGUUUUGGUACUGCAUUGUUUUGUUUUAUUUAUUAAAUAGGCUAAGGGGGGGAGGGAAGGGUCCUUCUGGAGGGUCUGCUGCUGAGUGCCAGAUUCACAUAGAGACUGUAUGUCCACACACAGUCCACACUGUGUCCACACAAACAGGUGGAAAAUGGGAUUUUCCAUGCUUUUGAAAUAUGGAGUUUGGUUGUUAGUUGAUCAAACUGUAUAAAAAAUCUAACAUUUGCUACACAGAUGUUCAGUGUGUUUCAAAUAAAGUCUUAGUGGUUGAUGUUGUUUGCCACUCUUCUGAUUAAAUGGACAAAAAGGACAGGAUUGACACACUGGAAGAGAGUGAGACAUUCUGGUCUUUCACAUCAUUAUCACAACACUAAAUGAGUUGCAAAGAGAUGUGAACACUAAUAAACACACACUUUACACUUCAUUGCAACUAACACAUUUCAUUGCAAAUUUAAUGUUAUGUGCAAAUCAGUGUAUUACUCAAGCCUUUAUAUUAAACAAGUACAGACUGUCUGCAAUAACACUGGAGUGGACAGCACAUAGAAUUACUCUAAAUAUAACUCUUAAACUAUGCUGCAACUUGUGUUAGAUCUUAGAAUUGCUAACCAGUUGUCCAAAACCCUUAUGUGGAACCUGACUUUUAUAGAUGCCUUAUUAGGUAUAUUGUAUUUACUUGGGAAGGAGAUGUGAAAAAUAAAGGAAAUCUAUUUUUAGACUUUUAAAUAUUUCAGAUGUAAAAGCAACGAUCAUGACUGAAUUUUGAAUGAGCAGCAAGACUUUUUAUGUACUGUGUACAAACUUUGAAAAACAUUAACUAUGUGUUGUUUGUUCACAUUUUAUAGGAUGCUAUAGUUAAAUAUUUAACUUGAAAGUUAAUUAAUAUUGACAUUAAGAAUAAAAUUUUGUUUAACCAGUG